UUUAUUUAAAAAAAAAAAAAAAAGUUAAAACGGCAACAUUGUUCAAUAUUACUACAAUUUAUAAUAAAUGUUUUCUAUCUGAAUAUAUUUUAUAAUGUAUUUUAUUUCUGAUGCAAAGCUGAAUUUUCAGCACCACUACUCCAAUCUUCAGUGUCACAUGAUCCUUCAGAAAUUAUUCUAAUAUGCUGAUUUGAUGCUCAAGAAACAUUUAUGAUUAUCGUUGUCAAUGUUGAAAGUUGUGCUGCUUAAUGUUUUUAAACCGUGAUACUUCAGGAUUUAUUGACGACAGCAUUUAUUUGAAAUAAAAGUCUUUAGGAACAUUAUAAUUGUCUUUAUUGAAACUUUUGAUCAAUUUAAUGCAUCCAUAAAAGUUUUAAUUGCUCAAAACAUAUCUUUUAAACUUUUUUUUUUUUUUUUUUUUGAUUAAAUUAUGAUUUAGAUUACCAAACAUUUAUAAUAAAAUGUGAGCGGUGCAUAAAUAGACGCAAACACACAAGUGGGAGAGAGUAUUGAUAGUUGACCUUUGGAAGAACCUCAUUACAAGGAACUGUCUUCUAAAAUCUUAGGUGGAGCCAAAAUUGAGUUUAUGAUUCAUGCUGUAUAUGCAAAUAAACGUGAAUCAAUUUUUCAAAACAACACUAAAAUCUACCAUUACAUUUGGUUAAAUUAAACGAAGAUCCAGAUCUGGCAAAAAUAACUGCAUUUUCAUAACCAUGCUGAAAGACACUUCACAUCAGGCAUAGAGCACAUUUGGAUUCAUGCAAAUCACACUGGUUGUCCUCAAUAUCUCCACACCCCUCUGACAACAUCCUCAAACCUGCUUCACACCUAACUCUACCACUCCUGGGCUAAUUCAACCAUUCAGGCAAACAAAAGCCACAAACAGUCUUGUCUGGCUUCUCAUCCAUGUGGAUUCUCACUAGCAGGUGAAAGAGGAGGCAAACUAACAACGUAUCGUGGCUUGGGGCUUGCCUAAUGUCAGGCACAUUGAUGCUGCCUCAGGGCUCUACUGCUUGGGCAUAGACUCCACCCCACAGAGUCAACACCUCAGAGAGAACGUGAGAGACUCAUCAGACUCAUCAGAAACUAGACGGAGCACCUAAACGAACACACACCGCUCUCAAGGUCGACCACAGCGGCCAAACUGUUCCACUGUGGGACCAUCAUACGAUUCAGGAGGUACACUGUGGACAUACAUCCAUCGACGAUACAUCCAACAUCCCAAACGUUGAGUCUAAAUACAGAUAAGCUGACAAACCACGGAGCAUUGGAUUUGAACCUCUGCACCAGUAUGGACACUCUCCAGGGAAGAAAACCGAAGAAACCACAUUACAUUCCCCGCCCUCCUGGCAAACCUUUCAAAUAUCAGUGCUUCCAAUGUCCCUUCACCUGCAACAUCAAGUCUCAUCUCUUCAACCACAUGAAGUAUAACCUGUGCAAGAACUCCAUCUCUCUGGUGUCUCAGCGCAUGGAACAGACUGGGAAAACACCCAGAGCUUCCCAGCAUAACUUCCCCUUCAACUAUAAGAGUAAAGAGCCACUCCUAGAAGAUGAAGCCAGCAAACCAAUGGAAAGGAUCAACGACAAGGCUGAACAAGAGGAGAUGGGUAAGGGACCAAGAGAAAAGCCUGGAAGUCCCUUCAAGGAGGUUACUAAAGAUGUCCCUGAGCCAAUCCGUGAGACCAGGGACAAAAAUGCAGACAUGGACAUUGGACAGAACAAAAUAUCUUCAGCUUUCUCACCAGUUGCACGAACAUGUGAAAGCGAAGCUCUCUCACGGUCUCCACACAAAGAUGAUCAAUCAUCUUCAACCAUUCCUCAGUUUUACCACCAAGUGGCACCAUGGGUUCCACCUGCUUCCACAGCACCUCUUCUUCCUCUAAUACCGGACUAUCCUUCAUACAUUGUACCCGAGAGGCCCUUGCAUUCUCUCUACACACCCUACUCACACAACCAAGGGAACACCCCAGCCUACCAACUCACACCUCGAGAGACCCAGAGACCUCUGGUUCCAUCACCUUUGGUCCCACCUAGUACUUCCCUUCUCCAUCCUUAUCACUAUAGAUAUGGCCAUUCUAUUAUACCUGGUCCACCGCUACCCUACAGCCUCUACCAACACCCUGAAUUGUCCAUGUCCUUACAGAGAACCAGGUACCUUCCUCUGGAUGUGUAUAGCAACAGAUUUUAUCCUCGCGAGUACGGAGGGCAUCUAGUACCCCUAUCUCAUCCUGACUCUUAUGGCAGACUUCCUGAGGACAGGGCUUUCCAGGAGCACAGUACAGUAGACAAAGGUACUCGCCAGAGUCCUUUAGAAGGGUGUGCCGCCUCCGGGUCUCCAGACAGGCCUAGUACUGCAGAUGUAACCCAGCGGAUCCCGGUUACAUUUAGACACACUUCUCAUGGGGAGUCACUCCCAGUCAAUCAAUCACAGCAUGCUGAUCCAGGGGCUACUACAGCAACUGAAAUCUUACCCAAGAAAUCAUGUGGACAAACUCAAGAGAACUUGUUACAAAAAAAAAAAGAGAGGAAUGAACCACAAACCACAGCCUCCACAAGAAGCCGUGAGAGUUCAUCAGAAAAGGAAGACGAAGAAACUGAGGAGGAGCCAGGUCCUCUUAACCUUUCCAAGAGGGACCGGGCCGUAUCCAGCAACAUGACACACCACUACCCUGACCGAGAGCUCCAUUAUGAUUCAGAAAGUAGUCAGGACGAGGCACCGCUCAACCUCUGCCUCAGGGUACAGUCCAAUAAACAAGCCUUGCCCAACACCACAGGCUCUGAAACUCCAGUAAGACAAACCAUUAUAAACGCUGAGGUAUGCACAAUUGUUCCACCCAGAGAACAAGAAAUAGACCCAUGUGACCAGAGGCACACUGCCGCCUUUGCUUUGUGUCAGCUAGCUAGCUCAAAGGACAUUAUCAAUGACUCUUCUAUUGGCCAACAAGAAACAACUGAGGGCCAGAACAGUCAAAGUCUUCCUUCCCCAGUCAAAGACACUCCAGAUACACCAAAACAGAGCACACGGGCACUGGGACAAAAACGGGUAAACAGUAGACCUCUGAGGCACACCACCAAAAGAGCAAAGGUCAAAGAACCUGCUCGAACUCAGAGAAAGAGGUCACAAAACUGCUGAUUCAGAGAUCUCAAAGUGUGGACUGCUGCUACACAAAAACAAAGGAGCAAUGCUCAAGAUCAAUACUCAAAGAGACUUUACAGGAAGACGGCCAACAUCUACAUUGAAGUCUUCAAUUAUUAUUCUAUUUAUGUCUGUAAAAUUGCUUGUCAUUAGAGCUCAGAGAUCAUGGGAUCAAUUCCAAGUGUACACAUGAACUGACAACUUUAAUGUAAGCUGCUUUAGACAAAAGUAUUUGCCUAAUGCAUAAAUGUAAAUAUAGAUAAUUCCAAAAUAUUCUUAGUGUACAACAUUAAGCACUGACUGGAAGAAAAAGGCAGCCAAGAUUGUGCACUGAGAAUUUUGUGUGCGUUAACAAAACAUGUAAUAGAUCAUUAAAGGGAGCUGGGUGGUGGCAUUUUUUUAAAUAAAGGAUCUUGUUAAACUUGAAGUAUUUGAAUUAAGUGUUUGCAUAAAGUGGAUUAUGUUUGCCUAUGAAUGUUUUUGAAACUGAGUAUGUACAAUGAUUAUAGCUCUGAUAAACUUAAAU